AUGACUUCUCUUGUUCAACUCAAUAAUAUUUGCCACAACUCCUCCAGCUCCACCACCUCCACCAGUGGAGGAACUGAUCUACCUCAGCUCACCUGGGACAGCCUUCGUCUUGUACGAAAUGUUGGCGCCGGUUCGUUCGGGGUGAGCCACUAUGGUCAGCUCACCCUAGGCAAUGGGGACGUGACGGAGGUGGUAGUGAAGAUCCUCCAUUCCGGCGAGGCCAACACCAAGGAGGCCCGCGUCCUACACGAGCUGGCCGGGGCUGGGGGCGCGCCUCUCUUGUACGGCGUCACAACCGAGCCCAACGCCAUCGUCAUGCAGUACUGCCGGGGCGUGCUCUUAGAUUCGAUUCUAACGAGUUUUAAGUUUGACGUCCACCAUGGCCAGAAGGCCUGCGACGCAACCCGCGUUGCCCUCGCUGAGUUUCACGCUGCUGGUUACGCCCACAUGGACCUCCACGAAGGCAACGUCAUCAUCGACACCUCCACUUCACCUUACACCUGUCACCUCAUUGACGUGGGACUCAGUGAACGCAUAUUGCCCAACGAUGAUUCGUACUAG